GAAGUACUUUGAUCCAGGAGUGCUGCAGAUAUUUGUGGAUGAUUUUGCCCAAAGCUGGAGAGAUCCACUUUGAAGGCCUCUGGCCACUCGCCUGCUUUAGCUGCUCAGAGAUUAAAGUGAACAUCAUUUGUCUGUCACGGUGUGACACCUGUGUUUGUGGGAUUACAGACUGCUGGGAUUAUGUCCUAAAUGCAAAGAUUUGCACAUCUGGAUUAUGCAAAGAGUCUGGCAGAAUUUGAGAGCCAUGAUAUCAGAUGAUCUCUGAUCCAGUUUGAUCAGGCAGUCAGGCUUUGAUAGGACUCAGACUCCUUUCACCUUCUGGUCCGUCACUACAAACUAACCACUAAGACGCGUUUAAUCCCAACAAUGAGACGCUCCAGCACAGAUGAGACUCCGUACCGGCGCAGUCCAUCUCUGGACAGCAAGCCGACACGCCGCCGUUCCACUUCCGGGUUUCACCGCUUCAGCGGAGAGUUUGAAUACAAGCGUCCGCCGUUCGCCUUCGGCUUUCACACCACAAAGGGCUCGCAGAAUUCUAAGGGGCGCUACGAGCAGGGGAAGAAGUAUGUGGUGUUUUACCUGGACCUCUCCUUCAUAUUCCUCCUAGAGCUGCGGCGCUGCAGGAUGGCGGAGGGUUGCAUGAUGGCCCUGCGCUACGGGAUGGUCUUCUUCAACCUCCUCUUCUGGCUGGGAGGAUGUGGAAUAUUGGGGGUGGGAGUUUGGCUGUCGGUGACGCAGGGAAACUUUGCCACCUUGUCAUCGUCCCUUCCUUCGCUGUCAGCAGCCAACCUGCUGAUUGCCGUGGGGACCAUCAUGAUGGUGAUUGGCUGUCUGGGCUGUGUGGGCGCCGUCAAAGAGAGCCGGCCGCUGCUGCUCACGUUCUUCAUCCUCCUCCUCCUCAUCUUCUUCCUGGAGAUCCUGUCAGUCAUGCUUUUCUUCAUCUACCAGGACGAGAUCGACCACUACGCACAGAGAGACCUGAAAAAAGGCCUUGAGCUCUUUGGCACAGAGGGCAACGUGGGUUUGACCAACGCCUGGAUGAUCGUACAAACUGAUUUUCGAUGCUGUGGGGUGACCAACCACACAGACUGGUUUGAAGUCUACAACGCCUCUCGUGUUCCAGACUCCUGCUGUCUGGAGUACAGCGACAACUGUGGUCUGGACAACCCAGGAACAUGGUGGACCGCGCCGUGCUACGAGCGGGUGAAGGACUGGCUUCAUGAGAACCUGGUGGCCCUAUGGAUCUUUGCUCUCUGCACAGCUCUCACUCAGAUCCUGGGUCUGGUCUUUUCCAUGACGAUGUUCUGUCAGGCGGUGAAAGUAGAAACCUUCUUUGCCUAGUGGCCGGCCGCCGCGCCCUUCAUCGCCAUCCGACUGUCCGUCGUUGGGGAGGAUCAGCUUUAGCUCCGCCUUCCCGGCGGUCUCUGCUUUCUGGCCCUCAUCCUGGUUGGACAGAUUCCUGCUGCCAAAAAA